UACACACACUCACACACGCGGGAGCUCUCACACCCCUCUAACUGGUCUGAGUGGAAGGACUCAUACACACACACACACACAUGCUCACACACAGAGACGCGCACAUUAGCCUCAGAACGGAGAGGGUGAGUGCGUGCGUUUGAGUGGCGCUAGCUUCAAAGAGACGCUGGGAGAUACUGACGUGCCUGAGAGGAGUUUGGAAAAACGCUGUGGUGGAAAUGAACCUGAGGGGAGCGGGAAGCAGCCUCUGAUACCGGGAGUUCACACAGAGACAGAGACACGGCGACAGAGACAGCGGCAGCAGUGGGAGUAAGAGAGGCUGAGUGAGAGAGAGAGAGAGAGUACUCCCCACAAUAGCUUACCACUGAGAUUAGCCAUGAGGCUCAAGCCUGUUUGGAGAUACCGAUGACUCCACUAUCCUCAGACUGACACUGAAACAUGGGAAACAUAGAGAGCCAAAAUGGAGACCAUGCCUACUAUGGGACGGAGCAAGGCCACCUCUCCCGGAAGCACAUGUCUCGCUCGCUCCGCCUCUCCAACAAGCAGUCGCGCAACUCACGUCCGGCUUCGUCCUCAACCAAGGCCGAGCACCGCAACUCGGAGGCCAGCACGCGCUCCAGCAGCACGCCCAGCAUCCCGCAGUCUCUGGCCGAGAACGGCCUGGAGCCCUUUAACGAGACAGACGCCCUGGGUGAGCCCAUGUGGGGGGACCACAUGGCCCUGAACCUGAGGCCCAUGUCCUUCCACGACCACCAGGGGGACACUCCCAUGACCCCUGCCUCCGAGGACAGCGUGGAGGUGGACACAGUGGUGCAGGAGGAGGAGGUCACGUACCUGCAACGGAUGAACGACGGCCCCCGGGAAGGCGGGAGCUUCAAGAAGAAGAGGAGCAAAUCGGCCGACAUGUGGCGCGAGGACAGCCUGGAGUUCUCCAUGUCAGACCUGAGCCAGGAGCUCUUGACGAGCACGGAGGAGAUCAUCGAUGGCAUCGACGACGAGGACACGGACUACCCCAACUGUGGGGCAGGGGAGAAACAGGGGCGAGACGCAGGGGCGAGGGCCAACUCUAUGGACGAACUGUGCACGCAGAAAACUCCCGUCUUGCGGGGGCAGCGCAACCGCUACAAAUACAGCCGGGAAGGAGACCGAACCCCAGGGAUGGAGACACCAGACCAGAUGCUGUCCCCUACAGAGGAUGAUGGGAAUGGAUACGGCGCGUACACCCUUCCCUGUCGACGCUCACACUGUCUAUCUGAAGGCCUGCCCAGCCACCAGGCACCAAUCUCCAGAAUGCAGGGCAGAAGAGCACAGACCACUCAUAACAUCGCCGCGCAGGACGGAAGCGAGUAUGGCGACAGCGGCAUCGACGGCGUGGCGACCGAGAUGGGCCUGCUGUCACGCCGCUGCAAAACCAUGUCGGCCUCCUUCUCUGUCUACUCCGCAGCCAGCAGCUCCAUGUUCGCCGGCAGCGACAGCGGGAGCAGCAGCGGCGGAGGAGGAGGCGGGGGCAGUGGGCGAUCGCACGGCGCUGACACCCUCCUGGGCGUCUACGAGAACUUCCGGCAGGAGCUGGACAUGAGCUCGCGGCAGACACGCGAUGCCCUGGAGGAGGGCGGCUCGGCAGGGAGCGACGAGAGGAGCAGCGGCACGCUCAGCUCCAUCUACCAAUCGGACGCGGCGCUGCUCAGCGCCGCCCAGGGCACCGUCAGGAAGGCCGGCGCGCUCGCCGUCAAGAACUUCCUGGUGCACAAGAAGAACAAAAAGGUGGAGACGGCGGCGCGACGCAAGUGGAAGCGCUACUGGGUCUCUCUGAAAGGGUGCACACUCUUCUUCUACGAGACAGACGGGCGGUCAGGUAUCGACCACAACAGCAUUCCGAAGCAUGCGGUAUGGGUGGAGAACAGCAUUGUGCAGGCUGUUCCGGAACAUCCGAAGAAGGACUUUGUGUUCUGCCUUAGCAACGCCUUGGGAGACGCCUUCCUCUUUCAGACGUCUGGUCAGACAGAGCUGGAGAACUGGAUCACGGCGAUCCACUCGGCGUGCGCGGGUGCCGUGGCCCGGCAGCACCACCGCGAGGACACCGUGCGGCUCCUGCGCGGCGAGAUCAAGAAGCUGGAGCAGAAGAUCGACAUGGACGAGAAGAUGAAGAAGAUGGGGGACAUGCAACUGUCCGCCGUCACUGACAACAAGAAGAGGAAGACCAUCCUGGAGCAGAUCUUCCUGUGGGAACAGAACCUGGAGCGGUUCCAUGUGGAUCUGUUCCGGUUCCGCUGUUACCUUGCCAGCCUGCAGGGGGGCGAGCUGCCCAAUCCCAAGCGCCUGCUGGCUUUCGCCUCACGCCCCACAAAACUCGCCAUGGGGCGCCUGGGGAUCUUCUCCGUCUCCUCCUUCCACGCACUGGUGGCAGCACGCACAGAGGGAGGUGUGCGUCGGCGGAGUCAGGCCCUGUCACGAUCCUCCAGCAAACGGAAGAGCAGGUUCUCGUCUCUGUGGGGGCUGGACACUACCUCGAAGAAGAAGACCAAAGGCCGACCCAGCAUCAACCAGGUGUUUGUGGACGGUGCCACUCCUGUGCGGAAGAACCUGGGACGCAUGUUUGAGGACACGGUCAAGGAGAGCUUGAAGGAACAAGAGGGUGUUGAGAAAAGCCCUCACCCCACGGACAGUGAAGUUUGGGUCCCAGGAUACCUCACCCCCUCCUGGGUGUCCUUGCCUAAUGAGAAGCCCGUGCUGGCCAUCAUAGAGCCUGGACAUACGGCGCUCUACACCCUGGAGUCUGUGUGCAAGACUAACAAGUUGGACCCCUCCAAGCACUACAUACGGCUGAAGUUUACGAUCAACGGCCAGACGCAGUUUUACAUCCCAAAGCCAGAGGAAGAUGUGUGUGACAUGCUCUUCAAAGAGAUUGAAAUUUGGCCCAAAGUGACAAAGGUCAUUCAGUUUGACAGGGCUGAAUCCUGCGUCAUUGGAUACGGUUUCUCAGUUGUGGUGGUGGACGAGGAUGGCACUCAGCAGCUCCAUGUGACAGACGUGAAAGCGGGAGGCCUGGCCGCCGCCAAAGCAGGUCUGCGAGCUGGCGAUGAGAUCUUGCAUCUGAAUGGGAAAGCAGCCGCAGCCCUGGAGCUGUCGGACAUGCAGGCUGCGUUCGCUCUGCCCUCCCUGACCCUGAGCGUGAGCACGCUGCCCGCCGUCGACCCACGCCACCUGUGCACCCAGCCCCCCCGCCGCGCCGAGCACGACGACACCCUCUGCACUGACAUCUUCUCCCAGGACCAGGAGGAGAUCCUGGACGAGGGGACUAUCCUGGCCCCAGAGAGCCCAGAUGAUGGCCUGGGCGACGGAUCCAUCCUGACCAGCGACAGCCCAGGGGACAGUCUGGAGGAUGAGCUGGAUGCUGACACAUCACCCAAGAGCACGGAACAGGUCACAGCAUUUUGCCGCAGUCUCCACGACAUGAAUCCUGCCGAAUGCCCGGCCUCAUCUUCAUCAUCCUCGUCUUCCUCGUGCGCUCCGAGUCCUGUCUCGCCCAUGCCUACCCCCACCCCCGCCGCCAUGCGCCAGCUCACGGAUGCUGUCAAACUCCGCCAUGUCAUCUGUGAACUGGUGGAGACAGAGCGGACUUAUGUCAAGGAUUUGAAGUGGCUAAUGGAGAAAUAUCUGACACCUCUUCAGAAUGAGAGCUUUCUCACUCAGGAUGAGUUGGACGUCCUCUUUGGAAACGUGGUGGAGAUGCUGGAGUUCCAGGUGGAGUUUCUCAAGACGCUCGAGGACGGGACCAGACUGGUGCCAGAUUUAGAGAAGCUUGAGAAAGUUGAUCACUUCAAGAAAGUCCUGUUUUCCUUGGGCGGCUCUUUUCUCUACUAUGCAGACCGAUUUAAGAUCUACAGUGCUUUCUGUGCCAGCCACACUAAAGUCCCCAAGGUCAUUGCCAAAGCUAAGACGGACCCCGUUUUCAAGGCCUUCCUGGAUGAGCGUAACCCCAGGCAACAGCACUCCUUCACCCUCGAGUCGUACCUGAUCAAGCCCAUCCAGAGGGUGCUGAAGUACCCACUGCUCCUCCGGGAGCUCCACUCCCUCACGGACCCCGAGAGCGACGAGCACUACCACCUGGACGUUGCUAUGAAAGCCAUGAACAAGGUUGCCAGCCAUAUAAACGAAAUGCAGAAAAUCCAUGAGGAGUAUGGUGCCGUGUUCGACCAGCUGAUCAAUGAACAGAGUGGAGAAAAGAAAGAGGUUGCUGAUCUGUCGAUGGGUGACCUGUUACUGCACGCCACUGUUGCUUGGAUCAACCCACCACCUUCUCUCACCAAGGGGAAGAAAGAACCAGGGUUGGCUGUUUUUGUGUUCAGAACGGCGCUGGUUUUUGUGUACAAAGAUAGCUCCAAGCACAAGAAAAAAAUGGGGGCCUCACACAGGGUGUCCACCACUGAUGAGAAAGACCCCAUCCGCUUCAGGCAUAUGAUUCCCACGGACGACCUUCAGCUCAGGAACCACAGCAAUUCUGAUGCCACAGCCGUGUGUGAGAUUGUGCACGUCCGCUCGGAGUCGGAGGGCAGGCCAGAGAGGACGUUUCACCUGUGCUGCAGCUCCCCAGACAGCAAGAAGGACUUUCUGAAGACGAUGCACUCCAACCUGCGCCGGCAGCUUCUCAAGACCGAGAGCGUCCCCGUCAACCAGCAGUACAUCCCAUUCGGAGGCAAGCGGCUGUGUGCGCUGAAGGGCGCUCGGCCCUCCCUGAACAGAGCAGUUUCUGCACCAACUCGAACUCUAGGACGGAGGAAGAUUGUACGGAACCGUCUCACCAUUGACCGGGACGUAAUUUUUGAUGACGACGACGACACAAACCAAAGCACUGACCACGACAUAGACCCAACGACGCCUGUACCGGAGUCUUCUUCGCAGCAGGAACCCGCACCGCUAUCCCACGAUGCACCGCUGCCCCCGAAGGACACGGAGCGCUGGGUCGAGCAGCAGUUUGACCUCGGACGUUAUAAUAACCAGGUCAAGGAAACUGACAUCCUUAGCGAUGAUGACGAUUACUGUGAGUCUGUGAGGGGUCCCAGCACAGAGCCCUCUGUGGAGUGUCCCGUGGGAGCGCUCUCCCUGGGUCCAGAGGGGGAGAACGGGGACCCUCACAAGUCAAAAGAGGACGCGUUGUCCCCCGUGGUUCCCGAGAGGUCCCAGGGCCCCCUGAAGCUGACCCCACUCAGGAAGCAGUGCGCCGUGGAGGGCGUCACGGAACACGACCGCGAGGUCAUCUGGGUGCGCCGGGACGACUUUGGCAGCCCCAACGGAGACGUUUUCUGAGAAAAGAACAAGCUGGGGGGGCAUGAAAUUCACAACGUGACGGACAGAGAUCCAAAGAGAAAGGCGAAAGAAAGAGAAUGGGAAACUCGGACGCUUUCAUUCUGUAUACUUCAGAAGCUGAGCCAGGGUUCAGAGGAGAUCAUGCACUGGGAGUUAGGAAAGGCCCACUGGCCGUGACCUUUGACCUGAGCAUACAACCACCCAUCCACAACCCGCACAACAUUCUGACAAUCCCACCGCAAGCAAAUCCUCCCAUUGGAAAAAAUGAAUCAGUUGACUCCGUUUCCUGUGUGUUCCUGUACAGGGGAAAAACACGCAUGCUGCUAAAUCCAUUACAUUGGAACAACACCAUACUCAUGUCAUCCCACACAGUCCAUCGCUUCAGUAAACAUUUGUGUGUUUUUAUAUAGGAGUUUUAUGGAACAUUACAUGUACAGUCAUGUUAAUGCAGUAGAGGAUGCAUGCUUUGGCCCACAAAGACUGUCUGCCAGCUAUUCUUCCGCUUGAAGAUUGUUGCUGCCAAAGUUAUGCUUUUUAUACAGAUGUGGGUCUUUUUCUCCCCAUUUCCUAACUCAGAAAUUCAGACAUGUCAUUCUAAAGGGCUCUGACAACUCUCUCUUUUGAUUUCCAUGGGCUUGUGACUAGACUGCUGUGUACAGUAUAUAAAACUCCCACUUGCUUCUUCUGGCCUCUAGGCUAGGGGGGAGCUCUAACUUGGCACCUGGAGAUCUGCCCAACUGCUGGUAGAGUGAGAGCUUGUGUCCUAAUCGAACACUUUGGAUACUUGCGCUGCGAUGGUCCUGAAUGGAUUGAGCGGCAGCACUGGUUGGGUUUCAUUAGGCCUGGAGCUUGAGCCUCAGCAGUUUGGUAGAUUCCCCAGACGCUGGGUCAGGUGUCCCUUCUUUGGUAAGCGGUCGUGCACCCCCCCCCCCCCCCCCCUCAUUGGUGUAUUACUGAGAGCACAAAAGAACUCCAUCUGUCUGUCCUACUAACAUUCCACUCAAAGUAUGUUAUUCCAUCUAGAUUGUAUGUGUGUCCUACUUUUUAUCUCUAGCUGUAUUUUUCUUUGUGCAUCUUUUGUGGGUUUAUUUUAAUGUGUUUACAUCAUAUCCUGCAGUCCAGUAUUAUCCAAUCGUUCUUAAAGGAAAGGAAGUCGUUCAUAAAGUCAGUACUGAUCCUGUUUUACUUGAACUGUAUUUUAAGCCUGUUACAAGCCACAUGAAUUAUACUCCGAAUAGGAUGUUUUGGACUCCAUAAGCGGGCACUCUGUCUUAUGACUUUCUAUCUGAAAACUGUUUUUAUUAACCUGCCAGUUAGUUGAAAAACUGCAUAAUGUGACACAGACUAGUGCACCUUUUGGAUGUAUCAAACCUGCACUUACACUCCUGUUUUCUUUCCCAGCACAGUCUUUUAUGCUCAAACUGUCACCCAAAUAAGGAUGAGAUGCAUUUAAUGCCUUUUAUGUUUGGAUGUUUAGAUCCUUUUGUGGUAAUUUUGUAAAAUGAGUUGUGGUUUUGUCCUAAGAUGUUUUGGCUUAAAUACUGAAAGGCAGAGAGUAUAUAUUUUCCAGGUAAUCUUCAAUUUGUGAUAAGCAAUCAUAUUAUCCCAGCUAAAUAAACAUUUUAGAGCAGUGGGACAUAUGCUCAUUAGGUUGUGUCAAAGAUCCUUGAACUUUUUACCUUUUCCCAUCGCAUUUUUGAAAGGCGUUCUUACAUAAACUGUGGAUACUUGUAAAUAUUGUUAUACUUCCCUUCCUCAAUAAAUGUUAUUAAAUUA